CGACCGUGAUGAUGUGCGUGUUGUCACGCGAAUACGCGGCUCGUGCUAGACGGAGGCAUCACUUCGCGCACGCGCUUUGCGUCGGAGCAGUUCCAUAGCAACCGUAAAGAACAACAUGGCAAAAGCAACAACUAUUAAAGAGGCCCUGGCGAAAUGGGAGGAGAAAACAGGUGAAAAAGCAAACGAGGCAGCAGCAGUGAAGCUUUAUGGUCAGAUCCCUCCCAUUGAAAAAAUGGACGCAUCUCUCUCAAACCUUGUCAACUGCGAGAGAUUAUCCUUGUCUACAAACUGUAUUGAAAAAAUUGCCAACUUGAAUGGUCUAAAGAACCUUAAGAUACUGUCCUUGGGCCGGAAUAACGUCAAAAACCUUAAUGGACUUGAGGCAGUAGGUGAUACUCUGGAGGAGCUGUGGAUCUCUUAUAACCUCAUAGAAAAACUGAAGGGAAUUCAUGUCAUGAAGAAACUCAAGGUCUUGUACAUGUCUAACAACUUGGUGAAGGAAUGGGGGGAGUUUCAGAAGCUGGCAGAUCUUCCAUCAUUGGUAGACCUUGUCUUUGUGGGGAAUCCAUUAGAAGAGAAGUAUUCUGCAGAUGGCAACUGGAUGGAGGAAGCUACUAAGAGGAUUCCCAAGCUUAAAAAGCUAGAUGGAAACCCUGUUAUCAAACAAGAAGAGGAGGAAGGUGAAGGGGAGAGUUGAUGCAAUUCCUUUAAAUAUUCUAAAGUUGGUGCAUUAUUAUUGUUUAAACACCAGCAUUUUAACUAUUAGAAGUCUGUGCAAUAUUUGCAUUUUUUAGGUGUAUUUAUAUGGAAUAAGCUAAAAACCUAAAUCCAUUUUCUUGAGCUUUAACGCUAUUUGAAUAGAUUUGAAAAGCACACACUUGAUGCAUUUUUUUAGCCUUAGCACAAGCGAAAAUAUACAAUCAUAAUGUAUGGGUCGUGCAGAAGGACAGAUUGAUUGGUACUCAU